CACGCGCCAAACAAAAAUCAUAGAGCUCAUCGUGAAUCUGUGUUGUCAAUUUUCCCGAACGAUUCAGCCAUGCAAUAGUGUUUACUUGUUGUUACCUUGCUUUGUCCGCGUUUCUAUUGCAUGGUGACGUUAAUUGAAUCAGUUGACAGAAUUUACCGAAGCGUCAAGUGUGAGUUUGUCUAAAGUAGCAGCAGCAGCAACAACAGCCCACUAAUCAUGAGUUCUCAAGGAAAACAAGUUUCACUGAAAAAAGCUCGAUGUACGCUGAAUCCGUUAAUAACGAAGACUGUCGAAAGGGUAGGAGAACCGCUGUCCUUGCCACCGGGCUUCCUUCCCACAAUGGCGUUUAGUACGACACAGUCCCUUCGAGACAACGAAUCAACCCUCAUUGUCAAACGCUCGUGGGACAUCGCUUUGGGACCAUUGAAACAGAUUCCGAUGAAUUUGUUCAUCAUGUAUAUGGCAGGCGACUCGAUCUCAAUAUUCCCGUUGAUGAUGGUGGGGAUGUUAUUUCUCAGACCUAUUAAGGCUCUCAUUGCUGUAAAUGCCACGUUCGCGAUGAUAACGGGUACACAGGCUAUUCUUCAGAAACUAGUGUACGUCAUUGGCAACCUGGCCACGGUUGCGUUAGCAUUAUACAAAUGUUCAUCGAUGGGGUUAUUACCUACAUACGCAUCUGACUGGUUAGACUUCGUUGAACCUGCGAUGAGGGCGGAGUACUCAGGCGGCGGUCUCAGUCUCAGCUAAAUGUCAGCUUGUCUAACUUAAUGGCAUUAUAAAUAUUAUUAAUACAGUUUAUUUAUAUUAUUACUAAUAAUAUAUAGGCAAUUUACACGAUCACAUGAUUGCUAUCAUUAUGAAUAAAGAGAGCGGUUGUAAAAUACACCAGA